UCAGGAAAUGCAAUCCUAAAUGAAGAACCAGCUCCUCCUCUGCGUGCACCCACAACUCCGCCCUCAUGUGACUCCAGCCAAUCCCGUCUCAUUCCGCUCCUACACAGCAAGAAAAAAGCACAUCCAGAGGGCGGAAAGUCGGCGCAAGCGGUAUAAGAGCGGGAUAAGCAUGGAUUGUUUUUCUAUCAACGUGUCGACUCUUCACUCCCUGACCAGAGACAGUGGACCCAUGUCCAAAAUGUGGCGUGGAUUCGACAGAGAGCAAGGGAGAGUGGGGAGAAAACCCCAUUAACACCGGACGCGCGUGCGCACACACACACACACACACACACACACACACACACACACACACACACACACACACACGCACAGAAACAGCACUGCAGCUCAGCUCAGGUCGGGGCAGAAACCUUAACUGCUGCCUGCAGAGAAGAGCGCUGUCCCUCCGCUGUGGUGCUGAACGUUGCGACGCAGGACUGAGAUCCAAAGGGAGACAAGAGGUUUUAGAAGAGCCGCAGAAAACUUUAUUUUUAUGGAUUUAGAAGAAACAAGCUGAGCAGAAGUGAUGGCCAGACCCCCCUCCAGUCCGACAGGCUUCAGUCCGGCGGUGUGAGCACAGCGGCGGAACCCAGCGGAGGACAGGGACGGAGGCUUUCCAUCUGUGAGGGGGGUCUACAUGCAGCAGCGAGAAUGGGCUGCAUCAGCUCCAAAGCGCCUGUUGUGGCGGUUGAUGGUUCGUUGCGUGUGGACUGGAGCGCGUCCAGCUCCAUGUCUGAUGUCAGGCUCCUGGGGAGCACGCGGACCUGCAUGGCGCGCAGACUGAUACUCGGUGCACCUCUGGGUGCUCUGGACUUCAGCGAGGUGAAUGUUGAUGACACCGUUGAAAUGCUACCAAAAUCCAGAAGAGCUCUUACCAUUCAAGAGAUUGCUGCUCUAGCGCGAUCUUCUCUGCAUGGUAUUUCGCAGGUGGUCAAGGACCAUGUGACGAAGCCUACAGCCAUGGCGCAGGGCAGAGUGGCCCAUCUGAUAGAGUGGAAGGGAUGGUGCAAGCCCAUGGACACUCCGGCAGCUCUGGAGUCAGACUUCAACUCUUAUUCUGACCUCACUGAGGGAGAGCAAGAAGCACGCUUUGCUGCUGGUGUGGCAGAGCAGUUUGCCAUCGCCGAGGCUAAGCUGAGGGCCUGGUCCUCUGUGGACGGCGACGAGUCCAAUGAUGACUCAUAUGAUGAAGACUUUCUGCCUGCCAGCGAGCCCACCACACAGAGCACAGAACUGUCGUCUUAUCCGCCGUACUUGAAGGACCUGAUCCACAGCCAGCUCUGCCAGCACCUGGGCAUGCGAAGGCCCUGUCCCGAGAGUGGAGGAGGGAUCGGCGAGGGCGGUGGCAGCAGAGAGCCCUCCCCAACGGCGGGCUCUCCGGACACGCUCUGCUCCAGCCUCUGCAGCCUCGACGAGCAGCACCCGCUGCUCCGCGAUCUGAGGACUCAUUGCGGUAAUCACGCCCAAAACAACGCAGCUGAACUUGCUGCAAAGAUCCUGUCUGCGCUGCAUGGAGGGGAGGAGCUGCUGGCCCGACUUCAGAGGGUGGGACAUAGUGGGCCUUGUGGGGGAGACUGUGGCUUCCACAGCUUGAGUGGGGGCGGCCGGGGCAGCAGGUCCUACGGAGGUCAGGAUUCUCCUUGCUACUCCAUGUCUUACUCUGAAACAUAUCUGUCACCUGGUGAGGAUGAUGACACCCCCUGCAAGGACUAUGAAGGCACUGUGUGCCAGGAGGAGGCGGAGGGCCAGGGCGUGGAGUACCCUCCUGACUACGACCCACACAGGAGGGUGUCCGAUGUGGCCUCCUCAGGGGUUGUUUCCCUCGACGAGGAGGAGGAAGAGGAGGAGCUGGAGGAGAGAGCAGAAGAGCCGAACAACCAAUGACUCCUUUUUUUUCUCAUCUCAGUAUUUGGGGAGGGGCUUCUUCAUUUUCAGCGACAACUUCCCCUCUUCGUCACGGUGUCUGAACAGUUUGAACCUUUUGAAUGAUGCGUAAAUCAUCUGUCUUUGCCUUAUACUCGCAGCAUCUCAGCUCUCCUCUCCAUCCGUUAAGUGCUUUGGCCCCAUUCCACGUGUUGACACUUUUUGUUUUGAAGGCGUCCAAACAAUCCUUUUUCAUCAGUGUGAGAACGGCGAGGGCUGGACUAGGCAUGGUCAGUCCAGGGACUAACUCUCGGGUAUGACACCCACAGUUUUUCGGCUUCUUCGGUGUGGUGAAAGGACUCUGCUACAGGCAGACAGAUCGACUGAGAGUCCAAACCUCUGACUUAUAUCUGCAUGUUUUUUGCAAGUGCUGAAAUCAAUGGGUUGACCUGGGCUCGAGCACGUUUUUGUAAUCUCAGCUGUGCUGUAUCACCCCUACCCAUCUCUCUCUCUCUCUCUCUCUCUCUCUCCCUCUCUCUCUCUCUAUCUUUCAUGAGUGAGCAGGCUGACACUGCAUCCUGGCACCUGUCCUCACCCCAUCCCUCAUCUCCUAACCUCUUUCCUCUAUCCUUUGCAAGAGAGUAAAUCGCAUCCUUCUGGGCAUGGCUUGCUGAGUAUGCCAAAUUAUUUAACCCUGUCACUGUCAAUUAUGAGCAAAUGCUGGAAUGUCUUCAAAGUGACAGGAAAUGGUAUGUAUUUAAAAAAAAAAAUCAUGCGUUCCAAAUGAUAUGACAGAAAUGAUAUGCUUUUGAUGUACUAGUUUUCUAUCAGUCAUGUUGUUGUUCAUGUCAUCAUCAUGAUGGACAGCUGGCAUAUUGAUGAACAGCUGCUCGGUGUUCCCCCGGUGUUUUCUGUGGAGGAAACCUGAACUUUGCUCUUGAAAAAGAAAAACUCACAGCAGGGACACAGGAAACACAAAGAGAGAGUUCCCGAAGCGACGCCUCAACGACGGAUGUUUGGCAACAAGCGACAGAAACCUAUUUUCCUGUGCAGAGAUGGGUUGCAUUUGGAGAUUUUUCUAUAUUUUUGUAUGCGUUGUCUUGCUUUGAUCUCCUUGCCUACGCGGCGUGCCAGUGUAUGUGGUCUUUGCACGAAGCUAAUGUGGCUGUAGAUUUCUCCUGUUCUUUGUUAUCACUGUGUGAUAUAGUCUACUGGGAAAAAAAAAAAAAAGCAACAAUACAAAUGUGAAAUUUUACCUUUUUUUUCAAGAGGAUACUGUGAUACGGUUUUUUGCCAUUUAUCAUGAUCCUCAUGAAGAGCUCGUUUUUUUGUUUUUUUUAUUUAACCCUUGUGCGUGCGAGGACUGAGGCAAACGUAGAGAACUGUGGCAAAUGAUACAAGUUUUACGUGUGUGGGGUCAGAUGGACCCCAUUUCUAAACACAAGGGUUAAAAACUUCUAAAUACUCAUCUUUUCUUCUUAUGUUGACUCUUGGAAAGCUUUGCCUUUUUAUUCUGUACUCUCCCUUUCUAUAAUGCUUGCAAAAAGGCAUGUAAUGUGACACGUUAAGAGCCUACUUCAUCCUCUCCAUGUUGACGUACCUGAGAGAAAAUGUCUUUCAUGCAACUCAGGAAAUCCCAUUGAACCAGAGCAUGGAUGCAUUCAUUCCCACACGCACGUAGGCAUGGGCUGGUUGGUGGUACCAAAACGUUACACUUUCAAAACAGCUAAAAGUUUAAAAUGAGUUACCAGGAUCAAGGAUACCAAGGUUUUAAAAGAGCUACACUUUCAAAGUUUUCUUAUUUUCCCUUUUUAUCGUCCCCAGAGAGCAACAAAGGUUGAAGAUAAACGUAGAUCUCAUUUAGACAUUUCAAGUGUGUAAAUAACCCUGAUUUAAUAUAUUUCAUCUAGGUUUAGACUAAGGAAAAAAGCCUAAUUUAAAGGUAGUCUAAGCUUAAAAUUUUAAUAAAAAAUCUGUGAGGUCCACAACCAAAAUGUAAUAAAUCAUACAAAAUGCCAAAAAACAUUCAGUGACAUUCAUUUGCCUCAAUCCUUAUAAAAGUUAUCCAUUUAUAAAUUAAGAUUUUGGAGUAAUGAUGUGUAAUGAUGUGAUUUGAGUUGCUGGUUCAAAUCCCGCUCCCUCUGUUUCAGUCAUUGUGUCCUUAGAAAACUUCCCUCACCUUGCCUACUUGUGGUUGUCAGAGGACCCGAUGGUAGCUAUGGCUACAAUGUAGCUCACCACCAUAAAGUGCUUCAGAGUCCUUGAUAAAAAGUCAUACAAAUUAACAUCUUGUUAGCAUUUAGUAUUUAGACCAGAUACUAACAGCUUAGAUAUUUAGACACUACAUUCAUUUCUAAAAUGGAGAUACUCUCUGGGAUGGGUUAAAGUCCAUUAUUAAAAUACCUUGAGAUAGUAUUUGUCAAACCGAGUGAAAAUUUCCAAAGCAAAUGUUUUUUUUGUUUUGUUUGUGUAGCAUUUUUGUUAACUUUGAAAACAUUUAGUACCCUUAGCUUCCCCUAUGUACAUCUUUCCAGACAAAUCAUGAAGCGCUAAUUUAUUUGGCUCUUCUGGAAACUUUCAGUUGAAUAAAAUCCUAGAUUUGGUUAUUGACUGAUACAAAUUCUUCAAGUAGUUAAUGAUUGUAUUCAUGUUCUUGUUUUGAAGUGGGUGAAGACUGUUUACGUAGCUGUUCCAUAUCCUGUGAUGACAGAGCGGCAAAUGGCGUCUAUUCUGUACCCGGAGUGAAUCGCUGUAGAACUACAGUCUGCAGCCUUACUGUAAACUGAUGUCCUCCCUGUUUUCUGACCGAAGUCCUGCUGUGGUCAAUCAACAACAGAGUUAGCAAUGCUCAGCAACUAUAAAGUGGUCUCAAUCAUUUCAGGCUUAACAAAUUUUACUCUCAGAUUUGUUGAGCCUCAAAAUGGUCAAGAGAUCUCACCAUUUUGAGGGCGAUACAUUGUAACACAUGACGGUAUCCAUAUGGUUGAAUUUAGUGCUCGAGCACAUUAGCAUUAGCUCAUGUUAAAUGCUACAAUAGUAUAGUGAGUUAGCAGAACUAAUCUUUAUGAUUAGUGCUUUAGGGUCAAUGCAACUAAUUUUAGUUAGUGCUACCCACCUAUGAUGGCAUGAAAACAUAAUUUAACAUGAUUUAAAAUUUGAUAAAUGUUUGUGCACUUGUAUCAAAAUGAAGUAGUAAUAUUAACUAUGCUAACAUUGUUAUUUUACCAUAUGUAGGAAUAAAUUGUUGCUUUUUUUAUUUAAAUCACAGUAGUUCAAUCUUGCUAUGUUUGUAUAAAUCCUUCUUUUAAACAUCAUGACACUGUGAAACCAAGGUGAUCAUUUGAGAACCUGCUACCGGCCCAUGCCUAAAUGUACAAGCUCCACUCCUCUUUCACUCUCACCCUGCAUGUGUGCACAUGUUCAAGAGAAACCCUGGAGUGAGUCGUCAUUUUCUACAGUACGACAUAAUUCAAGCACCGACUUGAUCCCCACUUCUAUGCUUUUUGUUCAAAGAAGCCUCAAUGUGUGUGUGUGUUUGUAUUUUGAGAUUUUGUGAAACUGUGUGUCCAGCUGUGUCUCGUAAGAUGUCAGCAAGCGCUCCCAGCUUGCACAGUCAAUUAAUUCCAAAUCCCCUCCAAUGCAGCGAUUCCCUUUAAAACAGUGUUUUGGGGUAGGUCAUCUCCUGUUUGAGGCUUAACUUUUUCUGGUUUCGAUGGAUUAAACUAAAACUAAGGUUUGACAUCGCCUCAUUUACAGAAAACAGCAAAUGCUAGUGUUAAGAGUUAGGCAAAACCGUGAAAACUCAGGGGGAACCAUUGAAGCUGUGCCUUUCAUACAUCACCUUUGACCUCUCAAACUGCAUGACUAUCCUCACGUCCUCCUCGGUGUCUAAGACCACAGUUCAACUCUCAUCCCCUCAAACAGGGAUCACAGUAAUGUGUACCCCUUAGACAGAGGCAUCAGGAAAUCCUGUUGUAUCUCCUGCAGUGAUGAGAGCUUGCAGCGUCACUGUCCUUUUGCUUGACAUUAAAAGCCGGGCAACGCUGGCGAAGCGAGUUCGCGCUUUUGUCGAAGCGCGGUGACGCGACCGUCCCAUUGUCUCACAACCUUCCCCCUUUUUCCUCCCCCGUUUAUCAGCUCACUCUGAGCGCCUCUUGUGCACGCUUUUUCUCUGCAUGUCUAUCUGAAUGUCCUUGCGGCUUCAAGUAAAGACGGGCACCUUGGACUUUCUCUGUUUCUCACAUCUACAUGUAUGUGCUGUGAAUCUUAUACUUCUGAGAACUGUGACUCUGUUCAGUCACCACCAAGAGAACAGUUUGUCCUCACAUGGA